AUGCUCGAGAACAAGAAGCAAGAAAUAGAAAAAAAGUUAGCAAAGGAAAAAGAAAGGCAACAUGGAAAGCAACAAAUGCGGAACUUUCGGCAAACCAAAGGAAAUGAUGAACUUACUUCUACGGUGAAUACUGAGGUUAGGACAAGUAUGGAAGAAGAAACUGAGAAUGUAAACGAACAAAGCAACUGUGAUACAACUGCUGAUCAGGGCGAUACGACUAGGAUAAUUAAAAAUUAUAAACGAACAUUAAUGGAAGCAAGUGUUGUGCAGAAAUCGGAGAAACAAGAAAUCGAAAAUCGUGACAUGCUAACAGGAAAGAAUGGAAAGACAACCAGUGAAAGAGAGGAAAAUCGACAAUCAGUGAAAGAGGGAAAGAAAAAAAAAACUUUAGAGCGUAAAUUCAAGAGACAAGAUAACGUAACGUAUAAUUUUACGAAAUUUGUUGAAGAUGAUAAGCUUAAGAUUUCAUUUGAUAUAAACUCAGAAACUCAUAUUGUAGAAUAUUCCUACUCAUCAAAUACUUGUCGUUUCAAUAUCUAA